AAACUAGAUUAAUGCUUUUAAAUCAAUUCAUAAUAAAAAAUAAACUACUAAAACACGACUUCUUUAAGUCUAAGUCACCUCUGUGGAGGAAUAACCUUGUGCGUAAAUUACGAGCAAAUCAGCUUAAACUAUAUUUGUCUUCGUUAUUCUAUUGUUCAAAGAUCAUAAAUAUGUCAGUGGCUCAGCAUUGUGGCUCAGUGCGCCUCAGGAGAGAGGCUGCUGAGCUGCACAGUGGGCAGAGGGGGACAGACAGAGGAGGCAGCCUGAAAAAGGAAGCACGACUCGCUUAUCGCGUCAUUCUGGGCUUAGGCGUUGAGCAGGAAACAGCCUUUCCUCUCGGAUUGUCGCAGUAGGAACAAACACACAUUUUUGUCUUUGCUCAAUGCACCCCUCGGCACAGAACACGCGGAAGCCGGUCAGAAGGAAAAAUGCCUCCUUCGAUAGAGAUAGCUGUUCUGCUCCUCGGCGUCCUGGCGCUGGAGACGCACCGGAGUGCCAGCGCGCUGCACAUCCAACAGGCGUUCUCGACUCCAAAUCACACCAAUAACUUCGUGGUGGACCCGGUGUCCAGGAGGGUCUACCUGGCCACCGUCAACAGCGUCUACCAGCUGAACGGCAGCCUGAGCGUCGAGGUGGAGAAGAGGACCGGACCGGUGGAGGACAACCUGUUGUGCCAUGCGCCACAGCUCCCCCAGGCUCCGUGCGAGCAUCCCAAAUCCCUCACCGACAACUUCAACAAGCUGCUGAAGCUGGACCGAGAGCAAGGGGUGGUGGUGGUGUGUGGGUCGGUGUACCAGGGCUUCUGUGAGCUCAGGAAAAUGGAGAAUAUUUCCGAGAUAGCGGUGGAGUUCCCACCCCAGGGCGAGAAGACCGUUUUCCCCAGCAUGCUCAACAUCGCUGCCAAUCACCCCAACGCAUCCACGGUGGGGCUCAUCUUCAAGAGCCACGGGGGAAACACCCGGCUGCUGGUCGGGGCCACGUACACAGGGGCUGGUACCCAGUUUUUCCCCAAGAACCACAGCAAGGAGGACCUGCGCUUUGAAAACACCCCGGAGAUCGCCAUCCGCUCCCUGAACAUCAAGGACCUAUCCAGACUUUUCACCUAUGACAUUAACCCCUCGGAGGAUAACGUGUUCAAGAUCAAGCAGGAGGUUAAAACCAAAAACAAGCUGAACUUCGUGCACGCCUUCAUGCAGAAGUCUUACUCCUACAUCGCCUUUAAUAACGACGCGAAGCUGGGCCACAAGGAGAGCCAGCCCAACAGCAUCCUCGCCAGGAUAUGUCUGGACACCGACAACUCCCGAAAGUCCUCCGGGCCGGAGAGCAAGAAGCUGACCGAGUCCUACAUCCAGAUGCCGCUGCAGUGUGGAUAUAACGGGAACAUCUACAACCGGCUGCUGUCCGUGUACCCCGCGGAGAUCCACGUCGAGGACGCGCAGGACGCAGAGCCCUACCUGUUCGGAGUGUUUUCCAGACAGACCGACAGAAAGUCUGCUCUGUGCGCCUUCAAGUUGGGAGACAUCGAGGAGGAGAUCCGAAAGGGCCGACGGAACUGCUCCAACUCUCCCAGCAGCGACGUUCAAGUGCUGGACAGCGUCAUCCAGGGCUCCGGGGCAGCCUGUAUCCAGAAGGGAAACCUGUUGUUGCAGCCCGAGCAGCUGGACUGCGGCGCGGCCCACCUGCAGCACCCGCUGGCCCUACGGAGGCCCCUGAGGUCCAUUCCUCUGUAUGAAUACCCAGGCCUUAGCUCAGUCUCGGUGGACAAUGUACACGACCACACGGUGGUUUUUCUGGGAACCGGUAAUGGACGACUUCGUAAGCUGACACUCCUGGCGAACAUGACCUUGGCCAAUCAGUGGACGCUGAAGCUGCCGGCCAGCGAAGCCGUCCAUCACAUCAUGACCUUCGACCCCAACGACAGGAACUUUCUAUAUCUCAUGACCUCUCACCAUAUGCUGAGGGUGAGAGUGGCUGAUUGUGACCAGUGGAAGAGCUGCAGCGGCUGUUUGGGAGCAAGUGACGCCCACUGUGGUUGGUGUACUUUGGAGAACAGAUGUACCAUCCAGAAGGAGUGUGCUCAAGGGCUGUUGGCGCGCACUUGGAUCAGCAUGGGUGAGGGCCCUCAGCAGUGUCCUUCCAUGACCCUGACACCUCCGGAGAUCAGCAUCUCUGCAGAUAUCAAGGAUGUCGGCAUCCUGAUAAAUGGGAGCGUUCCGGAUCUGGUCGGCUCCCAGGUGGAGUGUGAAUAUGGGCCGGGUGUUUCGACAGAUGCCACGGUGCACCUGGACUCCGGCUCCGCUCAGAUCCAGACUUGUCCCCUUCUCCCUCGAGAAAACUACCAACCGAUCCUGCCGGGCACAGAUCAUUUGACUGUUUCUGUGGCGAUAAAAGUGAAUGGCACAUCUGUCGUAUCUGGGAGCUUCAUCAUCUAUGACUGCGAGAGGACUGGAGCAAUACACCCCAAGAUGUCAUGUGUGAGCUGCCUGAGCACAAGGUGGAAGUGUUACUGGGACCAGGAGAACCACCUCUGUGUCUCGGCCAAAGAUGACUCAAAGCACAACCUGCUGGAGAAUGCAGCUUCCUGUCCGAGCCUGGUCAUCUCAGAGGUACCGCCUACACCAUCAGAAAUGGCCCAGGACUUCAUCAUAUCCCUGAGCAACAUCCCGGAGGGGGAGGAGCUGGACUGUGACUUUGGGACAGAGCAGCGAUAUGCGGCCACAUGGCUCAACAGCUCAACUGUCAAGUGCAGUGGAGUUACACUGUCCACAAACCAGAGGAGUCAGGUUUACCACCUCAAUCUGAGACGGAGAGGAUUCUUCAGUAGGCCGGGGGAGGAUGUUUUCAUCGACAGCCCCCAGCCCAUGAAAGUGGAGGUGUACAACUGUGGAGUAGGUAGUUCAGACUGCUCCCAGUGCUGGGGCCGCGAGGAUCAGGGCCACCUCUGUGGCUGGUGUGAAAACGGCUGCAGGCCGCGGGAUGAUUGCCAGCCAAUCAGGGAUCACUGCCCGGCUCCUGAGAUCCACAAGAUCUCCCCUCUGAAGGGUCCUGUGGAAGGAGGCACCAUGCUGACGAUAGAAGGGAGGAACCUGGGCCGGAGGGCUGGAGCAGUGAAGGUCCUUAUUGGAGAUGUGACAUGUACUCUCCUGCCCGAGUUCUACUCUGUCUCUGUUAGGCUGGUGUGUGUCACUGGGUGGUCCAAGCAUGUAAGGACAGACAUCGUCCAAGUGGACGUGGACCAGAGCGGGGAGGGGGCUUCCAAGGAGAGAUUCUCUUACAUGGUCCCAAAGCUGCUGUCCUUGGAGCCGAAGAAGGGCUCUCGUGCUGGGGGAACCAUGGUGACCAUCACGGGGGAACACCUGGACAUUGGUUCUCAGGUCAGAGUCAAGGUCAACAACACACUGGAAUGCAUCAUCACAGAGAAAAUGGACGAAACCAUAGAGUGCACCAUGCCUCCAGCCUUGCAGGUGUUCACCGAGUCAGUGUCAGUGUGCGUAGAGUUUGAAAACCUUCCCUGUCAGAGUGCGGAGCUCAGUGCCACAUACACUUACGAGAAGAACCCCACCAUCAGCUUCAUCCACCCCAAAAAGAGUUACCUCAGUGGUGGCAGGACCAUCACAGUUACUGGCCAGGGUUUUAAUCUGGUGCAGAGUGUGACCAUGCAGGUGCUUGGAAUAGGAGAAACACGCUGCACAGUGCUCUCCCCCUCCAUGAUCACCUGCCUGUCCUUGGCGUCCAGCCAGUCCCAGCAGACCACGGUGCAGUUCUUCCUGAACGGAGUCCUCUACAUGGGAGAUAACCCCUUCUCCUAUGACGGCGAGCCAGAAGACGAGGAUGGGGAGCCUCAUAAGGGUCACUUCCUGUUGGAGUACGUGGAGGACCCUCAGUUCUUCACCGCCAGCAAGGAGAAGCUGAUUAAACACCACCCUGGAGAGCCACUGACGCUCAUCAUCAAUAAAGGGCCGAGCGAUCUGGAACUGCUGCCGGAGGAAUACUCUGUCAUGAUUGGCUCCUAUCCCUGUAACAUCAGCUUCCAUAAUGACCAGCUGUUUCACUGCACUAUCACCGGACUGCUGAGCUCCAACGAGAACGAGCUACCUGUCACCGUGCAAGUGGGAAACUUCCGUCACACCAUCGCCAAGGUGCAGCUCGGUGGAAGUGAGCUGGCCAUCGUGGUAUCCAUUGUUGUGUGCUGCGUGCUGCUGCUGCUGUGCACUGUGGCUCUCGUAGUGUACUGCACAAAGAGUCGAAGGGCGGAACGCUACUGGCAGAAGACGCUGCUGCAAAUGGAGGAGAUGGAGUCCCAGAUCAGAGAGGAGAUCCGUAAAGGCUUUGCAGAGCUGCAGACAGACAUGACAGACCUAACCAAGGAGUUGAAUCGCAGCCAGGGCAUCCCAUUUCUGGAGUACAAACAGUUUGUCACACGCACGUUCUUCCCCAAGAUGUGCUCUGAUUACGAGAAGAGUCUUGUCCAGCCUGUCUACGAGACUGAUGCUCUGGGCCCUCGAGUGCUGCCGGAGACCCACCCACUGCUGCAGGACUGGAAGUCCACCAACACAACAAAGCCCAACGUUGAGGAGGGCAUCACCAUGUUCUCCACUCUUCUCAACAACAAGCACUUCCUGGUCACAUUUGUCCACGCCCUGGAACAGCAGAAGGACUUUGCCAUACGAGACAGAUGCAGCCUAGCGUCUCUGCUCACCAUCGCCCUCCAUGGUAAACUGGAGUACUACACCAGCAUAAUGAAGGAUUUGCUGGUGGACCUGAUUGAUGCUUCGGCGUCUAAGAACCCCAAACUGAUGCUGCGCCGCACGGAGUCGGUUGUGGAGAAAAUGCUGACCAACUGGAUGUCCAUCUGCAUGUACAGCUACCUCAAGGAGACAGUGGGUGAGCCGUUCUUCCUGCUGCUGUGUGCAAUCAAGCAGCAGAUCAACAAGGGAUCCAUAGAUGCCAUCACAGGGAAGGCCCGCUACACCCUUAAUGAGGAGUGGCUGCUCCGUGAGAACAUUGAGGCCAAGCCACAGAACAUGAAUGUGUCCUUCCAGGGCUGUGGCAUGGACUCGCUACCUGUCAGGGUCAUGAACACAGACACAAUCUGCCAGGUGAAGGAAAAAAUCCUUGAAGCCUUUUAUAAAAACCUGCCAUUCUCCCAGUGGCCCCGAGCCGAAGAUGUAGACCUGGAGUGGUUUGACUCCGGCAGCAAAAUUAAACUUCUGCAGGACCUGGAUAAUUCUACAGUGAUGGAGGACGGACGAAAGAAGCUCAACACAGUCUGCCAUUACCUGAUCCCGGAGGGGGCAUCACUAGCCAUGAGCAUGAAAGACAAGAAAGAGAACACCCUGGGGAGAGCCAAAGAUCUGGAUACGGAGAAGUAUGUACAUUUGGUCCUACCUCACGAUGAUCUAUCGGACAACAGGAGGUCACACAGACAGAGUCAUCGCAAGAAAGUCCUGCCUGAAAUCUACCUGACACGCCUGCUGUCUACCAAGGGAACUCUUCAGAAGUUCUUGGAUGACCUCUUCCAAGCCAUCCUUAGCAUCCCUCCGGAGCGCCCCCCUCUGGCUAUCAAAUAUUUCUUUGACUUCCUGGAGGAACAGGCUGACAAACGGGGAAUCACAGACCCAGACACCCUGCACAUCUGGAAAACCAACAGUUUACCUCUGCGUUUCUGGGUGAACAUCCUGAAGAAUCCCCAGUUUGUGUUUGACAUUGAUAAGACGGAUCACAUGGAUGCCUGUCUGUCUGUCAUCGCCCAGGCUUUCAUCGACGCCUGCUCCAUUUCUGACCUGCAGCUCGGCAAGGACUCCCCGACCAACAAGCUGCUGUAUGCCAAGGAGAUCCCGGAGUAUAAGAAGAGGGUGCAGUGCUACUACCGGCAGAUACAGGAAAUGGCGCCUCUCAGUGAGCAGGAGAUGAACGCUCACCUGGCUGAGGAGUCACGGAAAUACAGGAACGAAUUCAACACCAACCUGGCCUUGACAGAAAUCUACAAAUAUGCCAAAAGAUACAGACACCAGGUGGUGAGCGCUCUGGAGUCGAACCCCACUGCACGGCGCACUCAGCUGCACCACAAGUUCGAGCAGGUCAUUGCCCUUGUGGAGGACAACAUCUACGAGUGCUGCAGCGAAGCCUGAACCCGCCAGCCUCCUCUACUCGCCAAUCUCUUUCUCCUGCUCACAGCUGCCUCUCUCCCACCCACACGGUCACUCGGGAAUUUCGGGCCACUGUGGAGUCCGCCUUCAUGAGCGGCAUUGUUAUUCCCACAGACUCUCACAAGCGUGGAAAGUGGCAGAGCGAGGGACUUGAACCUGCCUCUUCCGGGGUUAUACACUCGCGAGGUGUUCCUGAUUUCAUUUGGGACCACCGAGCAAUUUCCCCAAAUAUUUCCCCAUGACACGGGCAGAAUUCCAGUCCAGCUAUACUUUAGAGGGAAUGUGUAGAAGCUUGGAGAUGAGGCUUUUUUUUUUUCUGGAUGUCUUUACAGUUACUGGGAGCUACAGGAAGCCCUGGUGGCGAUCUUAACGCACUGAACCCUCUUCUGAAGGGAACGAGCCAAUGAUGCACUGUACUGUAUUAUAAUGUCCAUAGCAAUAUUUAUAGAUGUGUUAUAAUGCUUUCAGGUGGCCUGUUCAUCAGGAUGAGUAGGAACGGCCCUGAUGAACUCCUCAUUUCCUAAAGCCUGCACUGUUCUCAGGUGUGAUCGGUGAAGAUGGGCGACUGGCUCCCAUCGGUGCUCUGAACAAUUACGUCCCAAUGUGCUCUGCAGGUUGAUGAUGGGUUGAGGAGGAGGUGAGAGAGAGAGAGCUAUAAGUGACUGAAAUCAAAUGUUAUGUGGUUCACUGGGAAGAGCUGCAUCAGUAUAGAAAGUGUCGAUCAGUGUUUCUUGUGAACAGAUGAAUAUCAUGUCGGAUUCUGACCAAUUUUAAAAGAGGGAAAUUUACAUUUAUGAAAAAACGUGAGCUCAAUAUAAUCCGAGGAGAGACUGUAUUUGUGAUGCCAAAUGACUUGUUGGAGUUUGUGGAAUAAAAUUGCAGUAUUUAGAAUUUUAAAAUGUCUAAUAAUUACAACAUUUAUUGUACCAA